AUGCACAUCCAACUGUCUGUAUUUGGGUCAGCUAAAAAAAAUACUAAAGCUUUUACAAAUGGAACUUAUGUAGUUACACAUCAUCAGGUUAAGAGACAUAUGGCAACAAGAUCACAUAAAGAAGCGAUGCUAUUGGAUAACUCUACCUCUUCUUUAAAUACUCCUUUAUCUUCAAAUGCAUCUUUAAUAAGCAAGGAUGUUUACGAAGCAUAUUUAAAGUUAAUGCGAACUGCGUAUGACUUAGCUAUGCAUCCUGCUUUGCCGCAUAAUAAUUUUGAGGUGCUUGUUAAAGUUCAAAGAGUUAACGGUGUAAAGUUAUUGCAAGGCAAAAAUUACAGGAAUACAGCUGUUAAAUUACUUAUUUUUGCACGUUUACUCUCUUUUUACUUUUUAGCACGAGAGCUAAUUAAAUGCAUUGCAACAACAAUAACAGAAAAAAUUGCGGCAAUCGUUGUCAAAAAAUCAUUGAUAUCAUUGCUUUCUGAUGGAAGUCAAGUAAGAAAAACUGGGAGCGAAAAAGAAGCUAUUUUAGUUAGAGUGGAGCAUGCUGGUGGCCCCUGUUACUUUUUUGUAUCACUACGCAAUAUGACUGACUUUGGAGGAAGUGACGCUAAUUCAUUAAAGUUAGCUUUAGACAGUGUCUUCAUUACUAACAACGUUACUCUAGCUAAAAUUCCUUUUUCAACAGUUCAAUACCGUACCAAGUUGAUUUCAGCCACAGCUGAUGGAGCAAAUGUUAACAUGAGCAUUUAUAAUGGGGCAUUAACACAAUUAAAAGCAACUCGCCCUUGGUUGGUUAACAUACAUUGCGUAAAUCACAGACUGGAACUGGCUAUAAAAGAUGCAAUGAACCAAUUCAAAGAAUUUUCAUCGUGUGACAAUUUAUACACAACCUUAUUUUACCUCUUAAAAAACUCCAGCAAACUAAAGGAGUCCUGCAAACAUGCAGCUGCAUCUCUAUCAAUCCAAUAUUACGCACUGAAUAAAAUUACAGGAACUCGGUUUGCAGCACAUCGACAAAGAGGCUUCACUAAACUCCUUCAUAACUGGCCAUCUUAUUUACUUGCUCUACCAAAGACACUUGCAAACAAACAAGGUUAUCGAAACGAAACAAGGUCAAAAUUGCAAGGGAUUUUUAAAAAAAAGACUAACUACGCUUUUUUAUGCUACGUCGGAGCCUACGUAGAUUUGCUUGAUGCCAUGACACCAAUGUCGCUUUUUUUUAAAAAAAAUGUUUUGAUAGCCCACGAAGUUCAACCCCAAAUUGAUUUGAUAAUCAAUAAUUUAACUGCUUUAACACUAGAGGUACUCGAUGAAGCAUUUUGUAGUUCGAUUAGAAAGUUUCCAAGAAAAGAAGAAAAUGGCAUGGUCUUUGUCGAAUCUUGUUACUUAAUGGCUGGACACAAAAAAAGAAAAAGUAACAAUAAAAAGUACCUUGACAUCAAGCUAGAUGGCAUGAUUGAACCUAAACACAACGACAUCAAAAGAGCGUUCCAGCUUAGAAAACAAUGUAUUGACAUUUUAAUACCGUUGAUAAAUAGUCGAUUUAAGUCAUUCAAUGAUAAUCUGUUAUUUGACUUCAUGAAAUGGCUGGACCCUCAAUAUUGGACCAACGAGCAAGAUAGUUCAAACGGUAUAAAAUACCUUAUGCAACAUUUUCAGGAACCACUUGCAAAUGUAAAUUUCCAGGAAGAUAAGGUUUUCGGGGAGUGGGAUUCUGUACAAAUAUUGGUAAAAGCACGUUAUUCAAAGUUAACUUGUCUAGAAGUUUGGCAUAAGUUAUGGGAGUUUGGAAAAGCUCAUUUUCCAAACAUUUUGCAGUUAGCUGAGCUGUGCUUCUGUUUAUCGUCAUCAAACAGCACAGUUGAAAGGUGUUUCAGCACACUGAUAACGAUUCUUUCCGAAAACAGACUUCAAAUGAGCCAUAGUACUAUAGAAGAGUGCAUGUUAAUUGUUGGAAAUGAUCAUGUUUGGUCGGAUGAAGAUCGAAAUGAUAUACUAAAACAAGCCGUGAAUCAAUAUUUAGAAAAGCGUAGAACGGUUAAAUUUCAAUCUGAAACAGAAAUUUACAUCUGUGAAAAUCAAAAAAAUAGCAAUGAAUCUUCUGUUGAAACAGUUGACAGUGAUAACAGUGUAUCAGAUUGUGAACUACUUGAUUCAGAAGAGGAAGAUAUCGAAAAUGACGAUACAGCUCAUGAAAAUAAUAAAAAAUAA